CCCUUCUUCUUCUUCUUAUUCUUGCUGCCUUUCUCUUGACUCUUCUCUUCUCCUCAUCUUCUUCUUUCUCAUUCCCGAUGUCGAUGAUGGAGGAUGUGGUGUGGGAAGAGGAGAACGCCUCGCCGCGACGCGGAUCGAGGGCCUUCGGAAGAACUCCAUGCAGACGGGAGGUCGGCGGUGGAGGCGGUGGGGAGCAGCUGAGGAGGAUACAAUGGGAUCGGUUUCUACCGACGAGAUCUCUCCGAGUGCUGCUAGUGGAGAACGACGACUCAACGCGGCACAUCGUUGCAGCACUUCUCAGGAAAUGCAGUUAUCACGUUGCGGCGGUGGCUGAUGGGCUGAAGGCGUGGGAAGUGAUGAAGGGGAAGAGUUAUAGUUUUGAUCUUGUGCUGACGGAGUUUGAGGUGCCCUCGCUUUCUGGGAUCGGUCUUCUUGGCAAGAUUGUGGGAACAGAGGAUUGUAAGAACAUUCCUGUGAUAAUGAUGUCUUCUCAAGACUCGGUUGGAAUAGUACAUAAAUGCAUGCUGAAGGGUGCUGUAGAUUUUCUCGUAAAACCAUUGAGGAAAAAUGAGUUAAGGAAUUUGUGGCAGCAUGUUUGGAGGAGGCACUGUUCAAAUACUUAUGCUUGUACUUCAGAAAAUAAUGCUGCCAGUAAUCAGAUUAGUUCAAAUGUUGGUGACUGGUCCCAUACUGGUGAUACCAGUGACAAAGGAAGUGAUUCUGAUGAGGUGCUUGAUCAGACUUUGGGUGGCAAACUGGAUAAGAAAGUUGACAUUUCUCGGAAGCAGGCUGAACCUGUUCUAUCUAAAGAUGGCCAGUUCCAUAGGGAAACUGAAGCACAUCUUGAGCAGCCUCAAAACAACACAAAUACGAUAGCCCUUUCGCUUGUUAUGGAUGAUAAUGCGGCGUUGCGAGAUAAAACCUUGGUAAUUGAGGAUGUUGCAGCUCAACCAAUUCAAAUGGCUCUUUUAGUAGAAAACAGUGGACAUAUUUCUCACGAAGAUGCGAAAGCUGGCAAUGAGAAGCCUAACUUAAAUCAUCAAAUACAUUCUGAGGAGUUUGCACGAAGUUCAGAUGGACUUGCGAAGUCUUUGGCAAAUGGACAAUGCUCUCAUCCUAUCCUGAAAACUGCUGUUAUGGAUGAAGGUUUAUCGACUGGUGCUGAUAGAUCUCAGAUAAAGCAUGGAGUCAAUUCUAGCUCCCUUCCUUUAUGGGAGCUUUCUUUAAUGACAAAAUUAAAUGGAUGCGUACAAAAUCAUGCUAAGCAGAACACCAUUUUAAAACAUUCAAAUGUGUCUGCUUUUUCAAGAUAUGGUGGUACUUCCACUAGUGGUGCAUGCAAGCCAAAUUCAUCAUCCAUAUGCAUAAAAAACAAAGAAUAUAUUGAUCAAACAACCCAUGUAAGCUGUCGUGGCACCGAUAAUGUGGAACCUUCCGCCUCUAGAGUUGAAGUUGUCGAAAAAUUUCAGAUAUAUUCGGACAGAAACAUGGAGGAAGAUACUGCUGGCCAUUCUCAACUAGGUUUCACGCCAAUGCCUAUUCCGGUUGGAGCAGUCUCUUACCCAAGCUUCUGUAUGGGAUAUGGUGAACCGAUAAUACAUCAGGAUAACCCCUUAAUAGUGCAGAGUUUCUCUGCUGCAGGAAAUGGGCAGUGUAGAACAUAUUCUGAUAGUCAUUCGGGAUCUAUCGAAUUUCGUUGCCACGAUUUAAAUCAUCCUCUCCCAUGUAGGGGACAAGUGGAUGAUACCGAAGCUGGAGAAGAGCUAGGUUUGUCUUCUAGUCCUACUGAAGAGGUCUAUAAAAAUGGCAGCAGUAGCAGAGAUGUUCUAAAAUGUUCUGGGAGCAAUGAUAGUGAUGACACAAUGGGAGAUGCCGCUGCAGCAAUGGGGGCUGGUCGGGAAAGCGGGAACGAAAAUGGCUUUCAAAACUUUGUUAAGAACGGAUUGAGUUCUGAUCUCUCUCAUCGAGAGGCUGCGAUAAUUAAAUUCCGGUUGAAAAGGAAGGAUAGAUGCUUUGCGAAAAAGGUCAGAUACCAUAGCAGGCAAAAGCUUGCCGAGCAACGUCCGCGAGUAAAAGGUCAAUUCGUGAGCAAAAGAUCUUAAGAACGCAAUUCAAAACAGGAGGCUAAUGCCCUGAUUCUGAAGCUCAUCUUCCAUAGCUUGGUGGCUCGAGCGAAUUCUCGACGAACGAAUCGCAUAUGGCUGCUAUGAGCAUAUCCCAAGUCAUAUUUCUCCCCUCCCCCAAUUAAGAGUGUAAGCGAAAUUUACACACAUAGGACACAAUUCUUAUGUAUUUACAUAUCUCACACUUAAACUUUCAUAUUUAC